AUGUCUCCAUCCUAUCCCGUUCUCUUCUCCUCGCAAUUCCGUCCAAUUUCUUCACAAUUCUUUCUACACCUUCUGCGCAUGAUGUCAUUGGCUCUUAAAGACCUGACCUACCGCCCUUGUGCCAACCCCUACACGGUUGGGCCCGGAUCUUCCCUAUACAAGGCCAAGUGCUUCUUGAUUAUGGGCACUACAGUGAACAAAUCAGGACGGCCUGUCUAUAACGCGGAUGUAUUCGGGUUUGUCCUGGAUGCGUAUGACGAACCUGCAAUUCCAAACAGGGGGAGACUGGCAAGCAUCAAAGAGAUACCUGUGGGAGAAGGGACGUUUGAGAUUGAGAUUGUGGUGCCAGCAAGCGAGUCCCUUCCAUUGACACUGAAGAACUUCAGAGCUACUGGGUUUCAUGGAGGUGUCCAAAGAACAGGCAACCCUUACGACAUUUUUGAGGAGGAUAAAAAUGGGGAUGAUGAUGACAUCCCAUUCUAA